GAAGCAAAGGCCGAUCAUCAUCUUUAACAUCUAAGGUCCCGCUUGCAAAAGAAAAAAAUAAAGCCGAGGAAGACAUAAUGUGAAGCCAAAGAAAUGGAAGCUCUUUACAAAAGAACAUACACGUCUCUUCUCAACCGUCCAUCUUCACCGGGUUGCUGACGUAUACAGUGAUCUGACGGCUAAGGUUUCACAAAUCUCUCAAUAAAGCCGAUACGCGGCGGCAAAGUCUGCGUUAACUUAGUAAUCAACGAGAACGUCAAUCGCCGUGAAAAAGAAGACGCUCCUAGAUGACGGAUGCUGACUUUACCGUGAACUGACGUGAAAACAUAUACACGCUGUGUAUACGCCACAGCCGUAGUUUCUUCUACUCUUCCUUCUUUCUUUGUGGCUUCUGUUCAUAGCAAACGAUCGUGCAGAAGAUCCAUAGAAUCAUUCCUAUAUACACACCAGAUAACAAUUUGAAUUUUCGUCAUAGUGAAAGAGGGUUUAGAGUGUGGCAGAGAACAAUAAUAUGUAUUCAGAUAGAGUUGCGGCAACCGGCAGGAAAAGGUCCGUAAAGGAUCGCUUGGGAGGCGGUGCUGAUAGUGCCCCCACGUAUGCCGGUCAGAGCACUCUUAAACGCCCCCGCCAGGGUGAUGAAAAAUGGAAACAUGAUCUUUAUGAUGAUGAGGAGGAGGGAGAAGCACCACGAGUUUCAAAUGGACAACCUGGUGUACAAGAUCUUCGCAUGAAGCUUCAAAGGACCUCAUAUCGGAAGUCUCAAAGUGGCAAUGACAGCCAGACUGGAGUCAGAGAUUUACGUGAGAAGCUCUCAGGACCUACACAAUCCCGUCCAGUAAACAUGGAGGCUGCACAACGUCUUGUCUCUGUUGUUAAAGGAAACCCUGCUCCCAAGCCUGUUCCAGCUAGCAAGCCAGUGACACAACCUGCACCUCCUCCAAGCAAGCCUGUACAGAAACAAGCUCCUCCGGCUGAAGAACGGUCAGUGGCAGGUCUGUUGCAAUCAUUAGGCUUGGCGAAAUACCAGAUCAUUUUUCAGGCAGAAGAAGUGGAUAUGGCUGCUUUAAGGCACAUGAGUGACGAUGAUCUCAAGGCAUUGGGAAUACCUAUGGGGCCGAGGAAGAAGAUACUGCUUGCAAUGGAGACAAAUGCCAAACGGUGAUUGAAGUUACUAUGCUAUGAAGUUAUUCAAUACAUCCUUCACCCAGUCUUACCUAAAAAGUUGGUCCAGUUUGGGUGAGCACAUGGAAUGAUGUGCUUUAAUCAUUCAUAGCCAUCCUCCAUAUUGGCAUGUACCUUUUGCUCUGCAAACCAUGCAACUUUGUUUACUAUGACUUUUGCAAGGUUGUAAGAUUGUUAUUGUUUGGGAGAAGAUUUUCUGAUGCUGUAAAUUUCAAGCAGGGCUUCACAUAGUGUUCUUUAUGGGGCAAGGUUUGACUCACCAUGCAAGCUUAAGCAUACUUGCAUCUGGAAUUUUUUCUAGGGUUAUACAUCAGUUGUAAAUUAUUUUUUGGCCAAUGUUGUCUGCAUAGCUGCUUUACCUGAUAGUUUUGGAUCCCCUUCUGCAGUUUCUCAAGUCUGCUAACCCUUUUUCUGUUGCCAUAUAAUGUUGUGUUAAUUUGCUUUUUAAGAGACUUAAGAAUCAAAAUUCGUAGACAAUUAAUUUCA